ACGAAAAGACUGCCCGGAAGUCAACGCGCUGAGUUUGCGCAGAUCAAUACACGAUGGCAAGUCUGCUACAAAAUUUUGAACAACAGUAUUCCACUGUUACCGCCGAUAUAACAUUUCAUAUCGGAAAAAUAUCAAAUUCAAGUGGUGCCGAAAAGCAAAACCAUGUCCGGCAGGCAGAAAAGUUGUUUGAAGAGGCGUCAGAGCUGCUGGAGCAAAUGGAACUGGAAAUUAAGGAGCAAGACCAAAAAGAAAGACAAAAAUAUCAAACUCGCAUUCGUAGCUACAAAGUUGAACUCAAUAAGCAACAGACAGAUAUGAAACGGGCGCGCUUGGGUAUUGAUGCAAACCGUGAUGAGUUACUGGGAGAUGAUACUCAUGAUUCAGAAGACCAGCGUACAAGGCUGCUUGACAACACUGAAAGAUUAGACAGGAGUACACGCAAGUUGGAGCAAGGAUAUCGUAUUGCUGUAGAAACGGAACAAAUAGGAGGUCAGAUCAUGGAGGACCUUCAUAACCAGAGGCAGACAAUCCAAAGAUCAAGAGGCAGGUUACAUGAUAUGGACACAACUCUUGGCAAAAGUUCACGAGUAUUAUCAGGCAUGAUGAAGAGGAUAAUACAGAACCGCAUAAUGCUGUUAGGAAUUGGUGUCAUCAUUAUCAUAACCGUCUGUGUUGCUGUUUAUUUUAUGGUUCGCCGGAGCUGACCUAAACAGUAUAUAAUGAAAGAUUAUAAGAUAAAAAAUCUUUAAAAAGAAUAGGAAAGGGCUUUGAGACACUAAAGUCUGUGCUGAAAGGAAAAGAACAAAAUCCAGCAUAAACAACUCUGGAUAAGUGUCUAAAAAAAAAAUCAGCUGAGAUGACUGUCAUUUCUGUUUUGGUUUUCAAGUUCAAAAGAUUAGAUGACAAUACAGAGUUUUGUAAUAAUGAAGAAGAGGGACGGCUGUGAUUGAGGUUGAGAGGGAAAUGGGGCUUGUUUGGGUUUAAAUCAUUUUUCUAGGUGGAGAGAAAACAUUGUUUUUAAAAGAUAUGAUCACUGCUUUUUUUUUCCCCGAUAUCAAAAUUAAAAAAGAACAUUCCAUAAAUGUGCAAUAUUUUGUAAAUGUGCAUGACUUUAGCGCUUAUACUUAACUGUUAUUUAAAUUCAUUACAAAUAUAUUAUUGGUAUUAGCAGGUGAUUGCUUUGUGGCAUACAGUGUCAGCUCAUCGUUGACAUUUUUUUGUCAAUGUUUUUGCUGUACUGUGUCUUUGAAAAUGCAUCAGAAUAAGAAUGUCUUGUUUAAAAGCUCUUAAAUGCAUUAUAUAGAGAUCUUUCAACAAUUAGCUGCUUCUUCCCACACAUCAGAUCACCCUGAAAGUCAAAGCACUACACACACUGAAAAGGAAAAAAUGGAUGUCAUCAUUUCAUUCAGCAUCGUAUGUGUGUGAUUUGCAAUUUAUAUGCCACAGAUGCUUCCCAAAAGGACCUCAACUAAUUUAUAGAUCUGCAUGAAGUGAUAACAUCCUUUGCCAGCAUUCUUCUUGUUCCUAGUCACCCUCAGUGGAGCAUAGGGCCACAGUUGUAUUUGUGGUUUCUGUAGCAGGGGUUCUUUUACAGGGAUUCUUUUGCUAACCCCACGCAUAACCCUCCUUCAUCCAGGCUUGGGACUGGCAGGUUACCGGGGGAAGGGGGUUUCCAGGUGGAGUUUCUUUGACAGCAUAAACACUUCAUUUUUCAGCACUAUCAUGCUCAAACCAAGUUUUUCUUCUCCGUAUUGACUGUUGACUCACUGUUCUCAUAUGGAGUAAGCACAUCCAGUCUUUGUUUUGUAUAGACUUUAGAGUGUGUUUUUGGGUUAGCUGAACCACUUGCAUCUCUGGUUACUUUAACAUGGGUGCAGGGUGUAGCAAACACUUAAAACUCAUUAGUGAGGACAAAAGCAGACCGACAAACAAUUACAAGUAGAUGUCCACUUCUUUUUAGAGCUUAUUUUGUUAGCUUGACCUUAGUGCUGAGAUAUUGCCAGAAAUCACUUGUGACUACAAAUACUAAGAUAGCAUGAACCACGCUUCUUCCAGAAUAAGGAAAAAUGAUAAAAUCAAUCAAUAUCUUGUUCUUUGAUUGCUUGUUUUUAGAAAUUAUUCUUUAUGAAUCUGAAAAUAUGUUUGGCAGUAAUACCCUGUAUCAGAUCGCCCAUCAUUCAUGAUUUUCCCAGAUAUUACAUUCUUGUACGAUACUAAAGAAUUUUCUUCUUUGUUUGAAGUGGAGGAUUGUAUUGCAUGCUCAAUUUUUCCACUGAUGAUUGUCCUACAUUUGAAUGUACUAUUUAAUCAUGUUCAUCUUUUGUCUGUGAUACUGGCAUUAAUAGUCUUAGUUUUCAGGAUUGUAAUGCUGUGAACUUAAUGUUGGCAGUUAUUUGUGUGUUUGAUAUAUUGCUGAUGGGUGUAAAUUGGAAAAGACAUUGAAGUUAUAUCAAUCAAAAGUUAACCAAAACUAUAUUCUUUGUUGAUAUUUAUUGAAAAAAUGACUACUUGGGGUAGGUUGAGCCGCAGAAGUGAUGUGGGAAUGGAAUGUAGUAUUAAUGCUAACAUUUUAGAAUUUCUGUUGCUGCAUUAUGGUAACAUAAUGGUGAUUUUGUUUUUUUUGUGUGCAUUAUUAUUGCAUAACAAAUUGAAGGAAGGGCUUCAUAGCUGGUUAGUAUUUUUUUUUUACUUUUGAGGAGGUCACUGGCUUAAGGCCUGCUUGGGCUUGUGGCUGGAGAAAUUUCCUUUGCCCACCCAAACAGCUGUACAGUAGAAAUGGGUACAUACCACAUCCUCAGUGUGGUGAACCACCUGCUUUCACUGCCCUACAUACACUAGCCUGUGGGAUUCUUUACCUGUACUUUAACAACUCUACCUGACUGUAACCUGCAGAAAGUUGACAGCAUCCACAUUAGUAAGUUGGUAGUAGGCUUCUUUUGUGUUUUGUCUUCCCACUGUUUUUGUCUGAGUAAUUAAUAAGGAGGAUGACAUUAUUUCUGUUUCUAUUUUUAUGAUCUGAUUAUCGUCAAGCUAGAAAGGUAUACUUGUAAGUGUAUGUGUGCAUGUACAAAUACAAAGUUAUGUAAUUAUCAGGUGAAUGUCUAAACAUUGUAGUGAAUUGUAUAGUAGCUGAUUCGGAACACUGUCUUGUAAUGCAUGUAGUCUAUGUAAACAGAAGGUGUAUUUAAAUGUUACUCUUUUUUCUGGAGAGUUGUGACACUUGAGCACACCUGGCUUUUAUGCUUAGGUUGUUUAUUCUAAAGAGGGAAAGUGAACAAUAGGCGUCAGACUGGGUCCGUGUCUGAAAUUCAUGGUGUGUCUGAUGAUAAUGCCUAGGGAUGAGAAAAAAUUUUACUUCAAUCUGUUGGUGCAUGCUUUUAAUGGUGUAAUAAAGCAAAAUGAA